AUGGCCGCCGCCAGCAGCAGUAAUAAUUAUUGGGAGCCCAGAUCACCAUUCAGACGGAAAAUAAUGUAUUUCAAAUCAUACUGGACUUUUGCUUUUCUUAUUUUUGCAGCAGGUCGGUGUUCUGCCGACGAUGAUCAUGAAAUGGAAGAGUUUUUAAAACGGGAGUAUUCCCUUUCCAAGCCUUACCAAGGUGUUGGAUCCUUAGGCUCCUCCCACUGGGAGCUGAUGGGGGAUGCCAUGGUAACCACCGACCAGGUGCGGCUCACACCUGACAUGCAGAGCAGGCAGGGGGGAGUAUGGAGCCGCCUUCCUUGCCAUCUGACGGACUGGGAGAUGCAGGUGCACUUUAAGAUUCACGGGCAAGGAAAGAAGAACCUGAAUGGCGAUGGUCUGGCCAUUUGGUACACUAAGGAACGUAUGCAGAAAGGUCCUGUAUUUGGAAAUAUUGACAACUUCACCGGCUUGGGUGUGUUUGUGGACACAUAUCCCAAUGAGGAGAAACAACUAGAGGCGCAGAAGAAAAGAUACACUCCUCGCACACAGAGGAUCUUCCCCUUCGUGCUCGCCAUGGUCGGGAACGGCAGCAUCAGCUACGACCACGAGCGGGACGGUCGGCCCACAGAGCUGGGCGGCUGCAACGCCAUGGUGCGCAACCUCAAACACGACACCUUCCUCUUUAUCCGAUACGUCCGCCGCAGGCUCACGGUGAUGAUAGACAUCGACGGACAACAUGAGUGGAGGGAUUGCCUCGACUUACCCGGGGUGCGGCUUCCCCAAGGCUAUUAUUUUGGAGCUACGGCCAUCACAGGAGACCUCUCAGAUAACCAUGAUAUCAUUUCCCUGAAACUCUACCAACUGACGGUGUUGCGGAGUCCAAAGGAAGAGGAUGAUGAGGACGAUGAUGAAGAGGAGAUAACGAUACCCAGCGUGGAUAACAUGGACCUCCUCAGAUUGGCUCAGAUGGAAGAGGGGAUGAGUGGAAUCGCUAUUUUCUUCACCGUGCUCUUGUCCAUGCUGGGUUGUAUCUUCCUCAUCGUCAUCGGCCUGGUGGUUUACAGCCACUGGAACGAGAACCGACGCAAGCGCUUCUACUGAGAGAGGACGGAAGAAAAAAGGAGGAGAUUGUGAUGGCUGCUGAGGUCCAUGGACCAAAAUGGAGACAAAUAACUGAGACCCUAUACUGUCGAGAGCAGUCGGUUGUUUUAUCCUGAGGACCCUAUCUUCUAUAUAUAGAUGGAGUAGAUGUAUCACCUGCUACAAAAAGCCACUGUCCAACUUUGCCAUUGGUAGUCAUGAAGCAGUAGGACUUUAUUUUUAAUCCAUAGCCCCUGCCUGACACACACCGACUCGGCCUUACCAUCUCCACCUCUGUACUUGUUACACAGCAGACGUGCAGUAUGACAUCUUAUGAGCAGCUACUUUUAUUGACAACGUUUUCUGUGUUUGAAAAAAUUUAAAAUUCAAAGAUUUUUUUUUUCUAUACUGACUCUCAGUUCAUGGAUGUUGAUUUAAUUGCUUUGAGAAAUAUAAAUAUUCAAAUAUCCAGUGUUUUCCUACUCUACAUCAUGACUUGAAGCGGUAACCAAACAGCAGUAAAAACUGAAUAAUGCCAUUCUUACUGUUGCUCCUUAAAGAUGCAUCUCUACUCUACUUUGCAUUAGAAAAAGCUUAUCUGUGCUUUUCACCUACUAAUCAUUUUGACUCCCGAGUAUAUACUAUAUAGUAUUCUGUAUAUUAUCACCCUGUACUUGUAGUAUGCAUGACAUUUGUUGAGGUUAUUUUUUAUGAAUCGUCUAGCGAACCGCUGUGCUUGGUUUACAUGGAAAACUGGCCUGUCUCAUUGAUGCAUGUGACAAAGAUUUAUGUGUUUUGGGAAAUAUUUCAUUUCAGUAUAUCACUGUUCCCUUCCCCAGAUUGUAUGUGUGUAUUUGAGAAAAAGUUUUUUGCUUAUCAGUUUAGAGCAAACUUUUAAAAACAUAUUUAAAAUAGAUAUAUUUAAAUGCCAGGAAUGAACUUUGCACUGAAGAGGAUUUUGAUGACUAAUCGUUUCCCUUUUUACUUUGCACAUUGAAAUCUAAAAUUACUUUUUGUUUGCGUUUCUUUUGUUUUUUUUAAAACACCACCUCUGACUUUGUGUGUCAUAUGACGUAUGCUUUUGCAGAAAUGAACAAACUUGCUGGUUUGGCCUCAGUUUGCCUCCUUUCGAUGGGGGUGUUAGCGAGCUGUUGUUGACCCGGACCGUUCUUCUUCUUUGUGUUGUGGAAAUGGUUACAGGCCUCACGUCAACAUCAAAUACAUUUCUACGAGUGGCUUUGUGUUCAAUUGUGCAAUGACUGAGGUCUUCCUUUUUUUUUUUUUUUUUCUGAAGCCACUUUGACAACCACCCUACUUUAUAUAUAGUCUGUAUGUUUGUAUGAAAACCGUGUGCCUCAUGUAUCCAUCCAGUGUCUUUGUCCUGAAUCAUUUCUAUUGCUUCAUUAAAGACCAAACAAGA